AACGAUAAUCAGAAACGGGAAAGGAGCAAAGUUCUUGCACAGUCGAUGCUCAGCGCUCGGAAUACUGAAACUUAAAUAAACGCGGUAAUUGUCUUUACUUUAGCAUAACAUCGAUCGUCGUAUUUGCAUAAUUUACUUCAGACGGGAUCAUUAAUUUCGAAAUCGCGACCGUUUAGAAAAUUCUCAAGUGAAAAUAAUUCGAAUCGAGAGAUUAAACGCGUACAGUUACGAAGUUAAACAAUGGCUAACACUAUUAAACAAUCGAUACGAAAAUUAAUCGCCGGAAUCUUAACAACGUGCAUCGUAGGUUUUACUCUUUCUUGCUAUGCGUAUUGGGUGGAAUUGGCGAAAGAAGAGGAUUAUUCCUACGAGCCGAUGUGCGACAUUAGCGAACAUAUUAGCUGCACCAAAGCGUUCCAGUCCGAAUAUGGGAAGGGCUUUGGAUUAAUUCCAGAGACGUCGGUAUUUUAUAUGCCAAAUCCUAUAUACGGAUUACUGUUUUACGCUUUGGUAGCAAUAUUGAGUGUCUCGAAUAAAUGGUCGGCUCUGGUCGUUGCAUUAGCAACUAUUUCAAACAUCGGCACCAUUUACCUGGCCAGGAUUUUGUACUUAGAAAGAAAUAUCUGCAUUGUUUGUGUUAGUCUCUAUGUCGUAAAUGUUGUCCUGUUAAUACUCGCUAUUAAAAAGCAUCGAAGACUAUCUGAAGAUGGCACGAAAAAGAGAAAAUUGAAGUGAACGUUUCAGAAAUCUUUUGUUUUUAAAUUAUUUAAUUGAAACCUAAUAAUAGAUUAAUCAUUGUAAAUUUGAUCUAUUUACAUGUAUACCGUUUGGUUUAUUAAAAUUUUCCGAAAAAAUGCGUACUAUUUAACACCCUCAAUAAAUGAUCUUGAAGAA